AUGAUGCUUGUGCCCUUCGCGUCGGUGCUGUGCGUUCUUCCUAAUGGUUGGCGUGUUGGUGAUCGAUACUUUAAGCCCCAUAGAAACGCUGGGGGAUACAAUGUGGGAGGAGGUGGAGGAAAACCAGCACCAUACGGUGGGGGAUACAAUGCGGGAGGAGUUGGAUUAAGACCACCACCAUACGGUGGGGGAUACAAUGUGGGAGGAGGUGGAUUAAGACCACCACCAUACGGUGGGGGAUACAAUGUGGGAGUAGGUGGAGGAAGACCACCACCAAACGGUGGGGGAUACAAUGUGGGAGUAGGUGGAGGAAGACCACCACGAUAUGGUGGUGUAUUAAACACAUGGAUGUGGUGGUGUUCCAAGCCCCGUAGAAACAGUCGGGUAGAGACAUGGGCUCCCAUUAUCAGUCAGUUGGGUCCCAUUAUUGGAGGAGUUGGAGGUGGAUCAUCUACAGCAAGUGGAGGUGGAGGUGGAUUAUCUGUAGCAAGUGGAGGUGGAGGUGCAGGUGCAGGUACAGGGUGUGGAGGUGGAGGAUGUGGAUGUUGA